AUGUUCGUCUUACCACCACCCCCUCCGCGCUACACCAUCCCUAUCGCCUAUGCGGCGGGGGCUGCGAACGGCAUGGCGGUUCCAGUAGUCGAGACGAAUAACACAAUCUCUCACCCGGAGGGUGGUUGUCCACUACAAGUCGGAGAAGGUACUUACACACUCAAGGAUGAUCUUCUGCUGGCGACACCACCUCCUCAUCCAUCGGAAGCACCAAUCAUCAAUCCAAACCCACUUGCGACAGUUCCGUCGCCUCCAACUGCCGGUGUCAAAGUGUGCCUUGUGAGCCUCGACCCGCGCAAGAAGCCUCCAACUUUCCUGAAGUCCGGCAUCACGGCGCCGCCAUUCGGAGAUGGAAAUGCCGCUCUUGCACCGGCACCUGUGCCAGCAAAGGACGCCGCGAAGCGACGGAAGCCUAAGAACAACAUUAUCAAGAGCAGCUCUUCGUUUGUCUCCCGAGUGAUCACGCACGAAACCUCGGCAAAGCGUCUCAGUGAUCGCGACCCGAAUGGUGUAUUCGCUUUUGCGAAUAUCAACCGGGCCUUCCAGUGGCUGGAUCUCAAUUCGGCACAGAAGGAGGAGCAUCUCACCAAGGUGCUCUUUACUAAGGCACACAUGCUUUGCCAUGAUAUUAACGAAAUGACCAAGACCUCCUCGCAUUUGGAUAUCGUGAUGGGUUCUUCGGCCGGUGAUAUCAUUUGGUACGAGCCCAUGUCGCAGAAGUAUGCUCGCAUCAACAAGAAUGGAGUCAUCAAUAACUCUCCCGUCACAAACAUUAAGUGGCUGCCUGGGUCUGAGAACCUCUUCCUGGCAUCGCACGCUAAUGGUGUUUUGGUGGUCUAUGACAAGGAGAAGGAGGAUGCCUUGUUUACUCCGGAGCUCACUGGUCACCCCGAGAAAGAUCCCGCCAGAUUGCCCAUUGAGAUUCUGAAGUCGGUCAACUCGAAGAACCAGAAGACUAACCCUGUUGCGUUGUGGAAGCUGGCAAAUAAGCGAAUUUCGCACUUUUCGUUCGCCCCGGACCACAGACAUUUGGCUGUUGUUUUGGAUGACGGCUCCCUUCGUCUCAUGGAUUACCUGAAAGAAGAGGUUCUGGAUAUCUUCCGCAGCUACUACGGCGGCUUGAUCUGCGUCUGCUGGUCUCCUGACGGCAAGUACAUCGUGACCGGAGGUCAGGAUGACCUAGUCACGAUCUGGUCCUUCCCCGAACGUAGAAUCGUUGCCCGAUGCCAGGGUCACAACUCUUGGGUAUCCGCAGUGGCAUUUGAUCCCUGGCGCUGUGACCAAAAGACCUACCGUUUCGGCAGUGUCGGAGAUGACUGCCGUCUUCUGCUGUGGGAUUUCAGUGUUGGCAUGUUGCACCGGCCCCGUGCUCAUCAUCAAGCAUCUACUCGUCACCGCAGCAGUCUCGUUGUUCCGGCUACGCAGACAUCGAACCGUCACCGGGCUGAUAGUGGCGGUAAUCGGAUGCGGUCAGACUCGAACCGGACGGAGAAGUUUGAGGGAGAUGUAGACCCGUUGGCUAGUCAUCCCGUUGAGCCCCGUGCUCGGACUGCUCUUCUUCCUCCUAUUAUGUCUAAAAUCGUGGGCGAGGAUCCUCUCUGCUGGCUUGGGUUCCAGAAGGAUUGCAUUAUGACAUCCUCUCUUGAAGGCCACAUUCGAACCUGGGACCGACCCAAUGACAGCGUUGUUAAGCAGGAGCAUCGUCUCUGA